GUAGGUACGCCAAAGUUUACUUUCAUAUCGUAGAUCCUAUUAUUCUCCAUCUCUAUAAAUUUCUAUUUUAUUAAGUUUGUCAUCUUCGGCUUCGUAUCCAAAGACAUAGGCAUUGGUAGUCCUUAUUCUUAGGUUUAAUCUAAUUGUUUUGCUCACAGUGAAUGUAUAAUAAUUUGAAAUUAAUUAAAUAUGAAUAGAUUAAAGAUAAUCACAUCCAACGAUUUGUUGGCGUGCCGUGCCUGUCUCACUACAGACGUGAGGCUUUAUAACAUUUUUGAACAUGAACUAUGGGGACAAUUUUAUAAGUUAAGCGGCUGUCAGGUGAAAAUAGACGACGGUUACCCCCAGUAUCUAUGCAGCAUUUGCGCUGCUCAGCUGCAGAAGUACUCGUCGUUCAGGAACAUGUGCAGGAGGGCGCGAGAUAUGCUGCACGGCAUAGGGAUAUCCAGGGUGCAGUUAACCACCGAUUACAUAAGGAACAUGGAUCUAGAGAAUCAUCAUGCGUUAAAUUUGUCCAAACGUGAAAUAUACAAAUGUAACUUCAUGUCGCAAACUGAAAUAAAUGAAAGUUUCGACGAUGCCAUAUAUUUAAACGAUGACGCGUUUAAAGGUGAACAUGAUGAUUACAAGGAGGUGUUGCAUAUAGAUAUGAACGAUGACAACGACCCGGAAACGGUGCGCACCGAUGAUGAGAGCGAAUCGGUGAACGUAAAAUUCGAGAGUUCCGAAUAUCUGUACGAUUCGUGUGACAAUGACGAGAAAAUAUUCGAUUCGAACGAUGAAGACGCCGAUGAUAUAGUCAUGAAACAGGAAGCGUCCAGUGAUAACGGUCUCGGCGAUGAUGCUGGUGAUUAUUUAACUAUAAUAGUUACAGAUAAAAAGUUAAACACCGAUUUGGAUUACUUGAAUUUGAACGACAAAGAUGUGAAACAGCUAUUGGAAAGUUUCGCUCGGUCCAACAAAGGCGUGGUCAGCGCGAACUCUAGAGGGUACGCAGUUAAAAAAGGAAACUCGAAAAGGAUACAAUCCAAAAAGGGAAUCGCCGAUGACAAAGAUGAGAGACCGAAAAAAAGCAAGAAGGGUCGAAUCCAAGACCUGAUUGGUACGACAAAAGAGUUCGCCGAGCAAAACAACUUCGAGCUGAGGAUAUUCACGCGCGAGGAACAGCUGGAGGAGAUCAGGGCUUUAAAGGAGCAGGCCUCGGCCAAGUUCCACUGCGACCAGUGCGGGAUGGGUUUCAUAUAUCGCAGCAAGUUCCUGAACCACUACAAAUGCCGUCACGACCCGUCCAACGGAGAUUAUGUCUGCGAAAUAUGCAACACACGAUUCCAUCAGAAGCGUUACUUGUACAACCACGAGAUAUUUGUGCAUCUAUUCCAAUAUAUAUGCAAAACGUGUGGGUUCGUGACCCGUGCACGAGGCACGGCUGAGGCACACGCCGCCUUCCACGCGGGAAAGGUGUACACCUGCCAAUGCGGCAGGACCUUCGGCCAUUACUCGAGCUAUCUAUCCCAUAAACGGUUAACGCACACGUCCGAGUUGAACCGCUGUGAAUACUGUGGCGAGUCGUUCAUCGGGGAGCUAGGCGUGCGUAUGCAUAAAAGGAAAAUCCACGGGGACGUGAGGGAGUCGCGUCUGUUCGGGUGUGACCAGUGUGAAGCUAAGUUCAGGACGGAGGAGGCGUUGGGCAAGCACCAGAGCUCGUACUGCGGUGGUCACAACUGUGUCAAUUGUGGUGAGGUGUUCAGCACGGAGAAUCUGCUGACAUACCAUCUUGUGCAGAGUCAUAAUCACAGGAACACGUCCGAGGAACUGAGCGAGUGUGGUACGUGUAAAACGAGGUUCCACAACAAUGGAGCGCUGUGGAGGCACUUGGAGGACAAGUGUGGGCAGGUUGUCCCCUGCUUGCAGUGCGGUGAAGGCUUCAACACUGAGGAGGAGAUGAACGAGCAUCUGAACACGCAUUCGACUGAUGAAUUCAAAUGCGAAGUGUGUAAAAAGACAUACCGGUCAGCCCAUUUCUUCGCCGAGCACUACGCCAGCUGUCACUCCUCGACCAAGGACCACGUGAGAAUCCACAGGAAACCAAGGAAGCGGACGCUGCGCGAUUCAGAGGGGGAGAACACCAAGAGGGAGUCAACGAGGACACCAAGGAAGGUCAUGUGCGACGUCUGUGGACAGCUGUGUUUGGAAAGCAUCUAUCCAGCCCACCUCAAAAGCCAUUCCGGCGUGGAAGCCUACAACUGCACAAUGUGUCCGAAGAGGUUCACGCUGCCGCUGGCGUUACAGUCUCAUAUGAAAACACACACUGAAGAGCGUCCGUACGAGUGUGGCGAGUGCAAGAAGAGGUUCAAGUUGCGGGGCGCCGUCAAGCGACACGUCAUGGAGGUCCACUUCGCAGUCAGACCGUAUCAGUGCCAUUUCUGUCUAAAAUUCUUCGAAAACAAAGACUCUGCGCAAGACCAUAUGAAAGCCGUUCACGUGAAGACACCCGCGUCGCCUCGGAUUAAAAUACGUCGACAAAGCUCUACGGAUUAAAAGGCGCGGGAAACAGUUUUUCUUUUUUAUUGCUUGUGUCACUUUGAAGCGCGGGAAACGUUUAUGACGUUAACUGUCAGACAAAAGCGCGGGAAAUGAAUGUUUACAAUGUGUUUUUUUGGUACAUUCGUUCUCUAGAGGUACAGGCUAAAGUCAGAGGCCACGCUGCCAAGUCUUAAAUGAAUCUAAUUUUUUUAAUCGUCUUGGCAUGAAUUUUUUAAAGAAAUAUAAAAUAGUUUAUUGCGUAAAAUAUCUAGAAUUAAAAAGUUUUUUGUUGAUUUAUUAUGUAGUACUUACCAUAGGAAUAUUAUUUUUAUUUUAUCACCCGAUUUAAAAAAAAAAUAAGGCUAGUUUUUUUUAGGAUAAGUACAAGUCGUGUAAAGGAAUUAAUUUUAUUUAAUAAAAAAUACACGAGA